AUGAGUGCGGCAGACCUGGGCAAGGAACAGUCGUGCCAAGAUAUACUCACUGUUAAUCCCGAGACUGAUGACGUGAACAUGGAUGGAGAAACAGCAUUGCAUAUUGCGUGUAGGAGAGGACAUGUGGGCGUUGUCAACCUGCUGAUGGAUUACGGGACAAGUUUGAAUGUUUGUAACAAAGAUGGUGUAACGUGUUUUGAGGCAGCCGCCAAUGCAGAAAGGGGCAAAGUUGUGUUCGCAAUGAUAAAACAUAAAAGGUAUGAACAGUUACCCCAGACUGAACUGUUAUCUACCAGUUAAACUCAAAGUUUUAAUGGCAGGAAGUAGGAGACUCGACUUGCACAUGACAGCCGAAAAGUAAGAGUAUACGAAAGUUGAGCAGGCUGGGCGAUGAAAACAACGGUCUCCUCUUCGUUUUGGCGCUACGAUUAAGACGUUUUCCUUGCUUCUAAGAUAGCUAAAAAUGGUAAAAUAAAUUUUCAAAUCCAAACCCUAGAUGGAACGUAGAUUUAAUGCCAUUCUUUCCUCUGUUUUCUUUUAUCAAUGGAAAUUCCCGACUCUUUCUCAAAAAGCAGUCGUGAUCAUUAUUCUGACACCUUAGGUCACUUCAACAGAGCCAAAGCCUCUCAGAAACACCCUUAUGUUUAACCUUAUGUAAGCUUCACCCAAACCUUAGUUCGGUUCCCCCCUGGUUCUCAAUCGAAUUUCCAAGCUUCAAUAAAAAUCUCAGAUAAAUACCACCCAGGAUCUCCUACAUUUUGUUAUAGCUGGAGAUUUUUUGAUACGUUUUGUUAGGGAAACACACGAAAAGUGUUUUAGUGUCCAUUCAUUGAUAAUUAGUAUUUUAAGAUAAACGGAUAAACGUCUUCAUGAGCCAUCUUGAGCUUCCUUCCUCGGACAACCUAAAGAAAAUCUGUCUAGGUUAGGACACAAUUUCAAGAUUUGUUAGACUUAGGGGUCACAUGAUUGAUUGAGUUUGGUCGGGCGGACGGGUAGAUAUUUGAUUCUGACUUUGUUUUAUUGCUUCUGAACAGAUGGAUGGAAAUAAUGGAACACAAGGAUAAGAACGGCCUUACCCCCAUGAAGCUUCUCAUAAAACACUUCCCAGAGAGUGCACAGCUGGUGAUGGAUUACUGCAUUGAUCGAUCAGAGAUAGAAAGUUCUGAUGAUCCAAAUUUUACCAUCACUUGCAAUCUCCGUUUCUUAGACCCCAGUCCUACUAACGCUAUUUGCCAGAGAGGAAGCCAUUUCUUUGGACCGAGCACCAUGGUGAAACACGAGCGUAAAGAAUUACUCGAGCAUCCUUUGACACAGGUCUUGCUGAAUAAGAAGUGGUCUUCUUUCGGGCGCUUGGUGUUCUACUUUAACUUUAUGUUCUAUUUUGUCUUUGUUGUCACGUUUACAGCUUUCUUAAUCCGAUUCAUACAGAACGGUGAUAAAGGAUUGGGAGAUUUUUUUAUGUAUCCAAUAGUAUUUUUACUUAUAGGCGUCCGAUUCAUCAAGGAAGUUAUUGCAAUACUUGUCCAGAGGCUUCAGUAUUUCACCAUUUUAGGCAAUCUCACUGAAUGGUUACUCUACAGUACGACGUUUUCAUUCAUAACGUUACUUCUCAUUUUCGAUGUGAUAUUUUCGUUACUCCGCCUUGAGAAGCGUCAUGAUUUUUACCCACAACUUAUCUGGGUGUUGGGUGCCAUCUCGAUUUUCCUUUGCUAUGCGAACCUGGUCUUGGUUCUUCGUCGGUUGAGUCUGGUUGGAAUCUAUGUCACUAUGUUUAUAGAGGUUACUAAGUCGGUUUUAAAAGUACUUCUUAUCUUCUUUGUCUUGUUCUUUGGGUUCUCCAUGGUGUUCUACGUCCUCUUUAAAUCAGAGGUAAGAUGAAAUGAGAGAUAAGUGUGUAUGUGAGUAAAUUUGCUUCUGUUUAUGAUUUAUGUGGUUUUUUUUUCCUUUCUAUCAUGCUCGUAAUUUAAAACCGAAAGUAAAAAUCAUAUUCUUCAUCCUGUACCUUUUCGCGCCCUUUAAUGACUCGCUCAAUAGCAACAAGCUUGACAGAUUUGGUUACAGUAAUUAAUUAAAAUGUCCCCCGAGUUUGGGCUCAAUAUGGGUGCAGCAAAUGCCUAAUCGUACCUUUUCAGUGCGCAUUGACGACAUAUAAAGCUCGCUUGGUCUCGUCAAGGGUAUCUUGGAAUCGUGACUCAACUAAAAUCGCCUCAUUUUCCAACGGAGCGCGCCAAAAAGGUACGAUUAAGGAUGAUAUUGAAGAAAUGUAAAAUGGUUUCCGUGUUUACAUAGCCUGACGUAAACACGCGGGAGAUGGGAGUUGGCUAUGUAAACACGGAAACCAUUUUACAUUUCUUUUAUAAAAUAACUAAUUAAAGAGGAACGAAAACCGUGUUUACAUACGUUCAUGUAAAAUGGUUUUAUGGCCAAUCAGAGCGCGCGUACUAUUUGAAUUAUUUUAUAAAACGUUACAGUAAACGAAAUAUACAGUAAUGAUAAACAACAGACAACAGUCCAUGAAAUUGUCCGGGUUUGCUACAAGGAUCGAUUCCCUUUAGUAAUACGCUUAUGGAAAAAGAUUUCGAAUGAGCAUUGGUUAAACCUUUAACCCCCAAGAUCUGAUUGUUAAUUCUCCCAGCUGCUACACAUUUCAUUUUAAAUUAGUUAAGAGAAUAUGGUGUUAGAUUAAGAAAAACAACUUUUGUGUGAUAAGUUCAUUCUCAUUACCUGUUUGCUAGAUAGUGUAUAGAUAUUACACGGAGAAGUAACCUCUCCAUCGCCUCUGGGAGUUAAAGGAUUAAAGCGCUGAGAAUCUCUCCUAUUUCCUCCACAGGAGGUGGUAUUUAAACAGCUGGGAUUUGCCUUACUGAAGGUGACAGUGAUGACAAUUGGAGAGGUUGACUUUGAAGAUAGAUUCAUGCAUUCCCAGAAUAUCACAAACAAGCCGACAUUUUCUCAGACAGCUUCUUUCGUUUUCCUCGGCUUAUUCUUGAUUUUAAUGACAAUUGUACUGAUGAACCUGCUGGUAUGCAUUAGGAUAAGAAACUUUUCUAUAACUUUUGAUAGUACUAGUAGGAUGCACAAAUAUAAAUGAAGCAGCGUUCUAUCACAAACGCAGUAGUCUUAUUGGCUUCACCACUCAUUAUCUAUUUGACAUAAGGAUCCCAUCUUAACAUGUGUCUAUUCAGUGAGUGACGAGCAUCUAAUUUCUCCUUACAAUAUCCCCACUCAAUCACACAUGAAUGUCAUGAGAAUAAAGGAAAUAAUCACCAACUAACGAAACUCUUGAUUGUUAGACAAAUUCUCCUUGUCAGCACCUUAGUAAAUGUACAGAGAACAGAAUGGAGAAUAUGAACACUGAUAUCAGAGUGUAGAGGGUUAAGCUGAAUUAUGCACGCAUUUUGUCUGCUUCUUACUUACGAUGUAUCGGUAGAUAUACAUCCAUAGAUGACUUUACCAUUGACAAAUUUUUUUCUUUAUCAUAUAAAACAAAUAGAUUCUAUGUAGGCAUGGGUCUGUUCAGUAACAGAUCACAAAAGACCUCAAAAUAAAGAAACAAUGUCAGUGACACGCUCGGCUGUGCCUCAUGUGCCACUUUUUGUCCUUACCACAUUUUGACCUUAUCUAUGAUCUAUUACUGAACAGACGCUCGGCAACAUAGAAACUUCCUGUGGCAUACACCACAAAUAACGUCAAUUGUAGUUGCAACAAAAAAUUGGAACACGGGACGCAACCGAGUGUGUCACCGACUCAAAAUUUGUAUUAUCAAGACGCUUCCAGCGAAUAAAUCAAACUUAAUGCUAUAAUUUGUAGGACGUUGAUCACCGUUGCAUGUUUCACCUACAGGUGGGUCUUGCCGUGGGUGAUAUCGACGCAAUCCGACGCAAUGCUGCGUUUAAAAGGAUGGCUAUGAAAGUCAUGUAUAUCGCCAAGGUCGAAAACAGCUUCCCGAGGUGCAUCUCGCGGCGUUUUCGCCAUCCAGAAGUAACUUUGCAGCCAAAUCGUCGAACUCUGAGGAAGAGGUAUGCCGUGAGUGCCAUUCUAAUCAAAAGUCACACGUAAAUCUCAAAAAUGUCAGAAAAAUUCUAAAAAGCAGCUUUACAAAGACUCUGUCAAUGUCUACUUCUCUUUAAUAUCUUUACCAUUCAUUAUCCAGUCAACAGUCAACGAGAAAACUGAUCAGGUAGAAGUUGUUAUUUUGAUCUAACACUAUAUUCUCGUUACCGAUUGACAAGGAAAUUUAUAGCAACUUGAGGGGAGAAGUAACAAUCACAUCUUGGGAGUCAAAUUAAGGGUUAAAAUGUUCACUUCACAAAAUUACUUCUUUGUCUUCGAUAUUCAGGUUGAUGCUUCUUCUUGGAAUGAAGACAUCUUCGGGCUUGGACUUUACUCCUCGCGCCAAAGAAGAACCGUUCUCAGGUGUAGUUUUGGAUUAUACUGAGAUUAAGAAAAAGCUCGACCUUAAUGAGAAACGCGUCGAAACAUUGGUUGAUACGAUGGAGGCGCAAAACGCUCUGCUCAGAGAAUUAGUAAAAAGGAUUGAUCCUGGGACCAAGAUGGACGAGAAGAGCAUGGAAAUGAAAGGAUCGCCUGUGGAA